GAACACUAUGCAGAAAAGUGUAAGGUAGUUACAAGCAUCGAAGAAAGAAAAUCAAAAUUGAUUGAAGGAAAUCGUUGUUUCAAUUGUUUGAGGAUUGGUCAUCGAGCGAAAACAUGCAGAAGUCCACCGAAGUGCUUUCACUGUAAAAGCAAACACAAUUCAGCAUUGCACGAAGACCUAGUUAUGGAAGAGAAGCGAGGGGUACCUGCACCGCAAACGACGGUCAAUACCGCGUCAGAUGAGAGAAAGAAUGUUCUUCUACAGACAGCACAGACGUAUGGCUUUGGUGCGGAUAGGAGCGAGAAACAGCUGGUGAACAUCCUGUUUGACUCAGGCAGUCAGAGAAGCUACAUUUCAGAAGAAACGGUGAAGAAGCUGGGGUUGAAGGUCGAGAAAACAGAGACCGUAUACUUGAACACUUUCGGUUCAAAUAAAUAUGAGAAGAAAAGUUGUGAUAGGGUAACGGUAAAUCUAGAAGUAGGAGAUGAAAUAUUGACGUUAACCGUAUUAAGUUCCCCCCAUCUUUGUUUGCCAUUAAGUACACCAAUAGAUGUAAGUUGCUAUCCACAUUUGCAAGGUUUGCAACUCGCCGAUAGUUAUGCGACUUGCGAAAAGCGCAUAGAAAUAGUCAUUGGUGUAGAUUAUUAUUAUCGCAUAGUGCAAGGCGAAGUAAGAAAGGGCGGCAAUGGCCUUGUUGCAAUAAGUAGCAAACUCGGUUGGUUGCUUUGUGGACCUGUUGUUUGUAAUGAAGGUGAUAAAAGCUCUUUAAAUAAUGUGAUGAAUUUAAUUGUUGAUGUUUUACCUUCGAGAGACGAAAUUACAGAUGAUAGCAGAGAAAUCGUCGAAUCGCUGACAAAAUUUUGGAAGCACGAAUCCGCGGGUCUUUAUGAAACCGAGAAUCCUGAAGACAAGAAGACCGAUGAUGGAGGGGUGGAUAUCAACUUCAAGGAUGGUCGCUACACGAUCGAUGGAGGAAAGAGUACCUACUGGGGUUGUUGGAAACUUACAGGCCAAGAAACAGUAGUAAGACCAACCCUGACAUAAAAAUUGAUGAUAUUUGUAUCCUUAGGAAUGACCAAACGAAAAGAUCCUUUUGGAAACUUUGCCGAGUGUUAGAGCUGC